AUGAGCCAUUCAGUCCUUUUGAUCUUGGGCGCAGGACCAAACAUUGGUCAGAACACGGCAGAUGCAUUUGCUGCAAGGGGCUACAAAGUAGCUCUUGUGGCUCGAGGAAAGGAGGACGGCUGGGGUCCAAAUGGCGAACUCGAGCUCCGAGGAGACCUCUCAGACCCAGAAACAAUCCCCAGAGUCUUCAAACGAGUCACGUCGGAAUUCGGACACCCGAGUGUUGUCAUCUAUAACGGGGCGGCCCGCACCGUCUUGCCGGAAAAUGACCCCCUCCAGGAUUUCUCGCUGGAGAGCUUCAAUAAGGACAUGAAUGUUAACGUCACCAGUGCUGCAUUGGCGGCACAUCAUGCUGUUCUGGGCUUCAAAGAGCUUCCAGCAGACACAACGAAAGUGUUCUUUUUCACCGGGAACAAGUUGCCCGUCUUGUCCCUUCCUCAGGUUCUGUCAUUCGGUAUGGGCAAGUCUGCAGCUGCGCACAUGAUCUGGGACUUGAGCAACGUGUAUCGGAGUAGGGGUUUCAAGUUCUACUUCACCGACGAGAGAACUGAGGAAGGUAAGCCGGCGAUGAUGGAACGAAGUGGGCCGGCACAUGCGGAGGUUUACGUGCGCCUUGCCGAGAAACAGGAGCAAGGGCCAUGGUACUACACCUUUGUGAAAGAUCAGGGUUAUGUUGAUUUCUCGGAAAUUGACAGGCGUGGACUGACAAAUUAG